GCCGCGGGUGUAGUAGCUCCCGCUACCUGCUGGUGCUGCAGGGCGAGGAAGGGCGGCGGUUCCCCGCGGGGUUACUUCUCCGGUGCUGCCUUCCAACUUGGAGCCAGCGCAGUCUCGUUGGGGUGCUCCGUGCUUUGCUUCUCUGUUUCUGCAUCCGCCCUUCCUGCCUCGGGGGUCGCCUUAUCUUGCAAAAUGGCUGACAGCCGGGACGACGCCUCGGACCAGCUGAAGCAGUGGCGGAGUCAGCGGGGCUCGCAGAAACCAGAUGUCUUGACCACCGGUGCUGGGAACCCCAUAGGGGAUAAGCUUAACAUUCUGACAGUGGGACCACGUGGACCUCUGCUUGUUCAAGAUGUUGUUUUCACUGAUGAGAUGGCUCAUUUUGACAGAGAGAGGAUUCCUGAAAGAGUUGUGCAUGCAAAAGGGGCAGGAGCUUUUGGCUAUUUUGAAGUGACACAUGAUAUUACCAAGUAUUGCAAGGCAAAAGUGUUUGAACACAUUGGAAAAAGAACUCCCAUUGCUAUACGGUUCUCCACUGUCGCUGGAGAAUCUGGGUCAGCUGAUACUGUCCGUGACCCUCGAGGCUUUGCAAUGAAGUUCUACACAGAAGAAGGUAACUGGGAUCUUGUGGGAAACAACACUCCCAUCUUCUUCAUUCGGGAUGCAAUGUUGUUUCCAUCCUUCAUCCAUAGCCAAAAGAGGAACCCUCAGACUCACUUGAAGGAUCCAGACAUGGUGUGGGACUUCUGGAGUCUUCGCCCUGAGUCUUUGCAUCAAGUGUCUUUCCUGUUCAGUGAUCGUGGUAUUCCUGAUGGUUAUCGCCAUAUGAAUGGAUAUGGAUCCCAUACUUUUAAGCUGGUUAAUGCUAAUGGAGGAGCAGUUUAUUGCAAGUUUCAUGCCAAGACUGACCAGGGCAUCAAAAAUCUUCCUGUGGAAGAAGCAGGAAGAUUGGCUUCUGCUGAUCCUGAUUAUGCCAUACGUGAUCUCUACAAUGCCAUUGCCAAGGGGGACUAUCCAUCAUGGUCAUUCUACAUUCAAGUCAUGACAUUUGAAGAAGCAGAGAGGUUUCCAUUUAAUCCUUUUGAUUUAACCAAGAUUUGGCCACAUGGUGACUACCCACUUAUCCCUGUGGGAAAGCUUGUCUUGAACAGGAAUCCUGUCAAUUACUUUGCAGAGGUAGAACAGAUGGCAUAUGAUCCGAGCAACAUGCCGCCUGGGAUUGAGCCUAGCCCUGAUAAAAUGCUGCAGGGUCGUCUCUUCUCUUAUCCUGACACUCACAGACACCGCCUGGGACCUAACUACCUACAAAUCCCUGUCAACUGCCCCUACAGAGCUCGUGUGGCCAACUACCAGAGGGAUGGCCCAAUGUGCGUUUCUGACAACCAAGGUGGUGCUCCAAACUACUACCCAAAUAGUUUUACUGGUCCAGAAGAUCAGCCUGUGUUGAGGGAGAGCCGCAUGUGUGUUUCAGGAGAUGUGCAGCGCUUUAACAGCGCAGAUGAAGAUAAUGUGACUCAGGUGCGAGAAUUCUAUACCAAAGUGCUGAAGGAGGAUGAACGCCAAAGGCUCUGCAAAAACAUUGCUGAUCAUCUUAAAGAUGCACAACUCUUCAUUCAGAAGAGAGCUGUGAAGAAUUUCACUGACGUUCAUCCUGACUAUGGUGCCCGGAUUCAGGAUUUGCUGGACAAAUACAAUGCUGAAAGUGGGAAAAAGGAUGUAAUUAGGACAUACACACAGUCCACCUCUCGUAUGUCUGCCAAAGAAAGGUCCAACUUGUAACAGGUGCUGCAGAGAUUUCUCUGUGAAUUUUCCAUCCUUACAACUGCAGGAGAACCCUGUUGAAGACCUUCCAGAAUGUAGCAGAAUUCCACACAAAUACAGAAGUGUUUUGCAGGCUUUGGUUUGUUAAAACUCCCAAGUGCCUAUAUCUGUGUUGGAAGCUAGGUAAUGCAAACUAACAAUCCUAGUGCCUCUCAACACUAGUGCUUUACUGCUUGUUAACAACAUAAUGGUGUUUUUAAGGAAAUUCAUGAUGAGAAACUUGUCUUUGUGUCUCGAAGCAAACCUAAGGUUAAAUCAAAAUGCUGUUAAUUGUUUUGUUUGGGUUUUUUAUUGUUAACUGGUUAAAUCACACAAGAGAACUUAAUGAUACUGUGAUUUUCCAUACAGGAUUAUCCUCAUUUAUGUUAAAGUUGCUCAGUGUUACAAUAAAAUAGUUCUCUCCAUGCAUUUGUACACAAUUCUAUUUGUAUUUCACUGUUCUUCCAGAAUUAAAACUGAUAUCUAGCAGUUGGAGCAGAA